UAUUCCAUACUUAUACAAGAUUUUUGAAAUUAUUUUCGAAAAAUAGUGUGUUUAUAAUGGAUUUAAAAGAUAAAGUGGCGAUUGUAACAGGUGCUAGCGCUGGCAUUGGAGCUGCUACAGUCAAAGCCUUGUUAAAACAAGGCAUGAAGGUGGUUGGUUUUGCAAGAAGGCAAGAAAAAAUUGAAAACUUAGUUGACAAUCAUAACGGAAAAUUAUUUGCCCGAUGCGUCGAUUUAACAAAACCCCAAGAUAUUAUCGACGGAUUCGCUUGGGUUACCAAAAAUGUUGGUCCCGUACACAUUCUAAUUAAUAACGCCGGUGUAUCUAUUCCCUCGUCAAUUUUAACGGGAGAAUUAGAAGCUUGGCAACAAAUCAUGGACACUAAUUUAAUGAGUUAUGCAAUAGCCUCUAAAGAAGCUGUUAAAAUUAUGAAGGACAAUAAAAUGGAGGGCUACAUUAUCAAUAUUAAUAGUGGCGUAGCUUAUUAUGAUCUAUUUAUACCUGGUAAUGUUAUGUAUCGAUCUUCUAAGCUCGCGUUAAGAGCUAUGACAGAGAAUAUUCGAGUUGAAUUAGCUAGGAUGAAUAGCAAAAUUAGGAUAAGUUCUAUAUGUCCGGGUGUUGUAAAAACUGAAAUAAUGUCUGCAAAUUAUGGCGAGCAGGCAAGUGAAUCUUUUUACUCCAAAUAUCCACAUAUUACAAGUGAAGAUGUUGCAGACACUAUUGUUUAUGUGUUAUCCACACCUCAACGUGUCAAUAUUUCCGAACUUUUAAUAAGACCUACUGGGGAAGAUAUUAAGCAAAUGGCAGAUAUUUAAUUAUAAAUGUACCACAUUUAAUAAAAUGAUUCAGU